CCAAUCGAGAACGACGUGAUCUCGGCUAAAACGCGAUCGCCUAAUCAAAAGUAAAAUAAACAGAAAAGGAAUUUCGGUUGUAGUAUUUAGGAAUUUCGUUAAGAUCCGCGCGUAGCCUUCGUUUCUUUUAAACCUACACAAAAAGGAAUUCGACUUGUUAAUAAAUACGGUGUGCAAAUUGAAAUUUGAUCGAAGCGUGUUAAAUAAAAAGUAAAACUAAAAGCAUUAAAAAAAUACUUUUGCUUAGCAAUUGUGCAAUACGAAAGUAGUACACAGCAAAUAGCCGAAAGCCAACAAAGCGCAACAUUAAAGAAAAAGCAAAAGAAUCUCGGCAGUAAGAACAACAAUAACAGAACUCAUUGUGCAACAAAGUAAACAAUUGUUAAAGCCUUAAACCAAUACACACCACACACACACACAAAUACACACAUACAUAUAUAAAAUGAGUGUAUGUGAGAAUAAAACCGUUGUGCAACAGCAACUGCAACAACAAGCAGCCGCUGCCGUUGCGGCUGCUGCAGUGGCCGCUGUGGCGCAACAACAACAACAACAGCAGCAGCAGCAGCAACAGCCCCCGCAAGUGGUGGUGCCACAACCGCAACUUAUGACGCCCCAACAACAACAACAGAGCACACAAAGCAUUGCCGACUAUUUGGCACAAUUGCUCAAGGAUCGCAAACAGUUGGCAGCAUUUCCGAAUGUUUUUACGCAUAUGGAGCGAUUGCUAGAUGAAGAAAUUGCACGCGUACGCGCUUCACUGUUCCAAAUCAAUGGCGUUAAGAAGGAGCCACUCACACUGCCAGAGCCCGAGGGCGCGAUGGUUACACUCAAUGAAAAGGUUUAUGUGCCAGUGCGUGAGCAUCCAGAUUUCAACUUCGUUGGUCGCAUUUUGGGUCCACGCGGCAUGACUGCCAAGCAAUUAGAGCAAGAGACGGGCUGUAAGAUAAUGGUGCGCGGCAAGGGUUCGAUGCGCGACAAGAAGAAGGAGGAUUCCAAUCGCGGCAAGCCCAACUGGGAGCACUUGUCGGAUGAGCUGCAUGUCUUGAUCACUGUUGAGGACACUGAGAAUCGUGCCAAGGUUAAGCUGGCUCAGGCUGUUGCCGAAGUGCAGAAGCUGCUAGUGCCGCAAGCCGAAGGCGAAGACGAGCUUAAGAAACGUCAACUGAUGGAACUUGCCAUUAUUAACGGCACUUAUAGAGACACAACAGCCAAAUCAGUCGCAGCCUUCUCAUGCGUUGGUUCACCUUCUGCUUCUGUUCUGUAUCCCGCAGUGUGCGAAGAGGACUGGCGCCGCCUGGUUGCUGCUUCAGACAAUCGCCUGCUAACGCCGACACUCUCCGGCCUGGCCACACAGAUACGCACACCCGCCAACGGCCCACUGGGCGCACCAUUGAUACUUAAUCCACGCAUGACAGUGCCCACCACAGCGGCCAGCAUAUUGUCCGCCCAGGCACAGCCGACCGCUGCCUUCGAUCAGACCGCACAUGGCAUGAUCUUCGCCCCAUAUGGCGACUAUGCCAACUACGCGGCGCUGGCAGCUGGCAAUCCAUUGCUGACGGAGUAUGCAGAUCAUAGCGUAGGCGCCCUUAAGCAGACACGUCGUUUGGCAGCUAACAGAGAACACCCAUAUCAACGUGCGACGGUCGGAGUGCCAGCCAAGCCGGCGGGUUUCAUUGAAAUACAGUAAACAAGAAACGAAAGUAAACAAAUGCGCAAAAUAUUAACCACAGGAAUUUCGUUUCAAGUGCGAAACAAAAAACUUACACACUCUACACACAAUUUACAUUAAUCUAUUAUAUAUUUAAUAUAAUACGUUAGUCAAAAGUCUCCACACAUUUUGUUUUGUUUGUUGCCUAAAAACAAAUAUUUAUUACUUUUUUUCUUCGAAUGCCUAAACAAUCUGCUGCUGCAGUCAUAAUUAUGUGAAUUAUAAUCAUUAGCCCGCCAUUAUGUUCAAAUUAUGGGUUUAAACUCAAUUUCUUUUUUUAUAGUACAAUUAGAACAAAAUUUGAAAUCGCUGCAAAUUUGUUGUAUUUUAUUUCGCCAAAACUGUUUUGAUUUUUUUUUUUUUUAACUUUUGUGUGUGUUUACAAUGAAACUCGGCCCCGGUUCAGUUGGCCAGGCCGCUCCACAACUCCGUAACGCCCGUAACUCAGUUAACUCAGUCCAAAUGAAUAAACAAGCAAAGAAUCAGAAACAUAUAUAAAUGAAAAACGAUAUGAAUCAAGCACCUCACAGGUUAGUUGUGUUUCUACUGAUAUAUAAUUUACGUUUUAUUUGUUUUCUGACCAACAAACAAACUGUAGCUGGCAUGUCCCCACUCCCCAACAGUUUGGGCCAUGCCAGCUGCAAUUUAUAUGCGAGUUACCAAAAAGAAAAAAGAACAGAACAUAAAAAGCAACAACAACACAUGCAAAGUAUACAGUGCAAUAUAUAUCCAAUUCAAGAUGCUAUAAGCUGUUUAAUUUAUAAAAUGAAAUAGAUAAAUAUUAUUUUGAAAUUCGUUAAGAACAUUUAUUAUUUUUGGUUUUUCUUUGUUUCGACGUUGACUUGUG